AUGAGUAAAUGUGAAUUUCAUCAGUUAAUUUUAAACAAGUGUGGAACUUUACACCAACAAAAAAUGGCACUUAAAAAUUUGAGUUUAAAAACAAACGCAAAAUCAAAAAAACAAAAAGUAUCCAUGUCAUACACGAGUAGUCAAAAUACCGACGAUGAAGAUACUGUUGAACUUUAUGGUAGCCAAAAAAAUGAAAAAAGUCAAAUGCUGAAUUUAAAAAAAACCGGAGCCAUUAGAAAAGUUACCCCAAAAAAACAGAAGUUUCAGGCAUAUUUAUCAGAAUUAGAAAAAGAAUACCAUGGUAUAAGCAAUGAGGACUGCAUACGAAUAAAUAAAUCAGAAGGUGGAAAAUUUUGCAUUAAAAUACCCACAAGAAAAACAGGGAGUGAUUAUUUGGUAGUUACAAAAUAUAAAACAACAGAUAUGAAUAAAGUGGAACAAAAAGAUAGAUGGAAAACCUCUACGUUUACUGAAAAAACUUUCGUGGAUGAAAAAGUGAAAAUAGACAAUGCAAUCCUAGUGGCAUUUAAUCAUUUACAAGAUUUAUUAAUGGAGAAAUGUAUGAUAAAUGAUAAUAAAAAAAUU